AUGAUGUCCUUUGCGACCAACACAUAUGGAAAUCUCUCAAUUGAAUUUUAUUUAACCUGGGCUGGCAGGUAUAAUAGUCAAACCCUGGGUGACUGUCAUCGACUUACGUGGUACAAAGGUCUACUAUAG